AUGGCAGAAGACGACCAGUUCUCCGCUUGGAAUGUCGCCCAAUCUUUGGGUUCGACGUCUCUUGGUCUCCAGACUGCGUACCUCAUAUUCAGCCUGGUGGUGGCUGUGGGGUGUGGCCUGCUGGUUCUCUACUUGGUCUACAAGAAGGAGUAUCUCCAAAAGCCUUCUAACUACCUUCGGUGCAGCCUGGCGGCAUACGACAUCAUCUUCAUGUGCAGCGUGGUUCCUACAGAUAUCUACCUGAGUUUCCAGACGGAUGACAGCAACAGUCAAACGGUAUGUCGACUGCGGAGACAGCUUUUUGGAUUUUUUGCAUCAUCCAUGAGUGGCACAUACGUCUUGAUGGCAAUGGAACUGUAUUACUUCAUCUGCCAACCGCUGCACUACCACCAGAAAGUCACCACAAAGCGUGUGGUUGUUGGCAUGGUUGGAGUCCUGGCCAUUUCGUUGCUCUCACGGGUCGCGUACAUAGCCGUCGAAAACCUGGAGAAUCCCGACACUACCUCGCAGUGUGGUUUACAGGAAGACAGCGCUGGUCCAACAGAUGUCUUUCAACAUAUCAUGACAGGAUCGGCUGCCCUGGCUGCCCUCGUCAUCUUCAUUUGCUACGUCGCCAUCCUCAAAGAGGCAAGAAAACAACAGCAGAGGGAUGAAAACCGUGACCUGUGGCUCUACCAGACCAGGGCCUUCAAAAAGUUGGCACCUCAUGUCAUAAGCCUAGCUGUGUGGGGUGGAACCGUUGUCCUUAUGAUUGUAUCGAGUCGUCAGAAUGUACCUACAAAACAAAAUGCAAUCAUAACACGGAUCGGUGCACUGCUUUACACGACUCUGUCAUCUAUGGUCAACCCCAUCGUCUACAGCUUCAGGAUGCCAGACUUCCGCAGAGCACUGAGGGAGACAUUUGGCUGGCCGAGCAAUGCUCCUGUGGCACAGGCACCACCACCCCAUGGUCAACAGAGGCAAGACUUGGAGAUGGCCGUCUUCAGUGGACCUGUCCGUGGACAAGGGGGAUCUACAAUAGAAGUGGCAGAAGCUCCACCCUUUUCAAGGCUGACACAGAUAGAAGAAGACACCUCCAGCACAACUCGUCACACUUACAAGGCUGGGAGCAGUACAGAUGGAGCUGGAUGUGCCUCAAAAAUGAUGCAGACAGAAGGUAUUCCUUCCAUGCCACCUCUCCGACUAUCAGGUGUACAGAAAGAUAAACGAUCACCUCCCAGAGAGCGAGGACAGAAGACAGCAGGCCCUCCUUCAAAACAUCCGGACAGCUUCACCGCGCGAGCAGACAUACACAGAGAGCCAACACUACCUCUCAAUGGCCAUGGACAAGGCAAGACAACAAACACUUCUUAUAAAUAG